AUGGGCUCCCUCGACGCGAGGUCUUUCGACGUGAAGAGGGUGGCAGUUAUAGGUGCUGGGCCAUGCGGUCUUUCAGCCGCAAAGUACCUCGUUGCGCAGCAGGCCUUCGAGUCUAUCGUGGUGUACGAGCAGAACCCCGAAGUCGGUGGCGUAUGGAUGUACAGUCGGAAACCCUCGGAGAGCCUGCAUGUGCCCCAGACGAGCCCAUUCUGCCCACCUGACCCGCCCGUCGUGAGCCCAGGGGACGACAGCACCGCGCCCGUCUUCGCCUCGCCCAUGUACGAGCUUCUGAAUACCAACAUCCCCUGGACUCUGAUGAAGUACGGUGACAGGGACUUCCCAGAGGGCUCACUCAUCUUUCCAACUCGACAGGGCGUCCAGGACUACCUCGUGGGCUACGCCCAGGACGUCCGACACCUAAUCAGGUUCUCAACUACGGUCAAGGCUGUCAAGCUGAGGCGCCAAGGGGCCAGGGACCGCUGGGACAUCCAGACAGAGAAUCUGCUCGACGGGAAGAGCCACGAGGAGACCUUUGAUGCUAUCGUCGUGGCGUCUGGGCACUACUCGACCACAUUCAUCCCCGAGGUGAAAAACAUCAGAGACUUCCACGCGGCCCACCCAGGCGUGCUCUCCCACGCCAAGACCUACCGCAUCCCCGAGCCCUUCACGGACAAGAAGGUCCUCAUUGUCGGCAACGCCGCGUCCGGGCUCGAUAUUGCAUCCCAAAUUAGCCGGCAGUGCCGACCACCCCUCCUCUUGUCCGUACACGAGCCUACCCCCGAGGAGAACCUCGCCCACGUCGGCGCCGAGGAGGUCCCCGCGAUCGAGGAGUUCUUAGUGGCAGAGAAGGGUGUCCGGUUCACAGACGGGCGUGUCGAGAAGGAUCUGGACGCGGUCCUGUACUGCACGGGCUACCUCUUCACCUUCCCGUUCCUCGAGUCAAUGUCGCCAGGCCUCGUCUCGGACGGGCGGAGAGUCUACGGCCUGUACAAGCAUCUCUUCCACAUCGACCACCCCACCCUGGCCUUUCCCGGCCUGCCCAUCAAGGUUGUGCCCUUUCCCAUCUCCGAGACGCAGGCAGCCGUCUUUGCUAGGGUGUGGUCCAAUACUCUGCCCCUGCCGUCGGUUGAGGAGAUGUCACAGUGGGAGGAGGAGGAGGCCCAGAGGCGAGGCAACGCAUUUCACGUUUUCCCCAAGGGCGGCGAUGGCGUCUACCUUGAUGAGUUCCACGAAUGGGCCAUGAAGUCCACCGGCGGCAAGGGCAAGGAGCCGCCGGUGUGGACUGAUGAACAGAAGUGGCAGAGGGCGACGUACGCCGAGGCCAAGUUGAAGUUCGAGAUGACUGGGAGGAAGGCGAAAUCACUUCAAGAGUUGGGAUUUGAGUACCAGCCCCCGAGCGAAGUUGACGAUGGGCAUGUAGAUAUUGUAUAG